AUGGGCAGCGCAGAGGAUGUUGAAAUGGGAGCGAAGGACGACGCGCCCGUGGCGCCGGUUGUGGACUACACGAGCCAGGGCACCUACACCGAGGAGAGCGCGUGCCUGAGCUGCACCGACGCCCGGGAGAGCGACACGGGAUGCUGCUUCUGCGCCUGCGAGAACUGCUUCUUCUGCGAGGGCCUGCACGCGUGGUACAAGUGCUGCCACUACAAAAAGUACCGAUCGCCAGCCGUGGUCCUGUGCGAGCACUGCAUCGGCGAGUCGGCCACAUAUGGUCGGCGGACAUUCUGGAGCAUCUGCUUCAUUCCGUUGCUCUUCAUCUUCGCGUUCCUGCUCUUCGCCGAGGCCGCCUUCUGGGCCUUCGUCGCCUUCGUCGCCCUCUGUCUCUCCAUCUGCGUCCUCGCCGUCAUGGUCGCAGCCAGCGGAAGACGAUGA